AGAGAGGAAUAACGGAGCUCUCCACGGGAACGAAUUAACACACACACACACACACACACCCCAGCGGCCGUUAUUUGUUUUAUUUAUAGUUUUUGCUUUAAUUCUUUCCGCGCGCGCUUUUCCCUUUGAAGUUAGUAACGGUUAUUUAUGAAGAGUUCUGUCUGUCUUUAGUCUCAGCGCUGUUUGAUUCUAAAGCUCCACCACACUGUGGAGAAGAGUUCUAAAUCUUAUACAUGUAAUCUAUCAGGAUCGGCAGCUCGUGCGCUCUGGAGUGUCUAUUUUUACCGAAUGUGACGUCAGAGCUGCUUAAAAAGUCUUUUUUAAAAGUCUGUUUUAGAGAAUAUUUCGAGUUUUAAAGUGCUAAGAUUAGUAUUCGUUAUAAUAAUAAUAAUAAUAAUAAGUAAAGCAGAUCCCGGACUGGUGGUUGAACUUCUCAGAAGUUUCUCAGGAUAUUAAAUUGAGAGCUGACCAUUUGUGGAUGAAGAACUGAUGAAGAAGAAGAUGAUGAUGCUCAGACUCCAUGUUCCAGUGCUGCUUCUGAUCAGCUGUGGCUUUAGCGUUAGUUCUCCUGAACCUGGACAGAAGGAGUCUCAGACCGUAACAGAUGUGUGUCAGCAGGUGAGUCCUCCUUGCGUGACUGAGGCAGAUCGUUACAGUCUGGAGGCGCUGCGGCACAUCCACCAGGAGAUGGAUGACGAUCAGGACGGAGGGAUUGAGGUGGAGGAGAGUGUGGAGUUUAUCAUUGAGGACAUGCAACAGCAGCAGCAGACAAAUAAACACAGUAAACUGCACAGAGAGGACCAGCACAUCACCGUGGAGGAGCUUUGGAGAGGCUGGAAGUCCUCAGAAGUUCAUAACUGGACCCAGGAGGACGUGCUGCGCUGGCUGCGAGAGUUUGUGGAGCUGCCGCAAUACGAGAAGAGCUUUAAGGAGUUGCGCGUCAAUGGAAACACACUGCCUAGGAUUGCGUCCAAUGAGCCAUCAUUCAUGAGCACCUACCUAAAGAUCCAGGACCAGCAACACAAACACAAGCUGAAGCUCAAAGCACUAGAUGUUGUGCUCUUUGGACCACCUACACGACCACCACACAACUGGAUGAAGGACCUGCUGCUCAUUGUGUCAGUAGUAAUGGGGUUGGGUGGCUGCUGGUUUGCUCAGGUGCAGAACAAAGCAUCUAAGGAGCACAUUUCCAAAAUGAUGAAGGAUCUGGAAAGCCUACAUAGAGCUGAGAAGAGCCUUAGAGACCUACAGGAGCAGCUGGAGUUGGCUCAGGAGGAGAAGCGUACAGUAGCAGUGGAGAAGAAGUUUUUAGAGGAAAAGAUGAGGGAUGAGAUCCAGGGAGCUCAAGACGAGGCCAACCGUCUCCAUGAGCUUCGCAAGGGCGCUGUCAGUGAAUUAAGUCGUCUGAGAUAUGCAGAGGAAGAACUUGAACAAAUUCGAGGGGCGCUGAAGAAGGCGGAACAGGACAUGCAAGGUAGCUGGUCAGUGACAGAGUCUUUACAGCUUUGGUUGCAGCUCACACAUGAGGUGGAGAUGCAGUAUUACAACGUCAAAAAGCAGAGUGCUGAACAGCAGCUGGCCACUGCCAAAGACGAGGCAGAGAGAAUUAAAAAGAAGAGAAGUUCUGUACUUGGUACUCUCCAUGUCGCACAUAGUUCCUCUUUAGAUCAAGUGGAUCACAAAAUCUUACAGGCCAAAAACGCUCUAUCUGAGGUGACCGCAUGCUUGCAAGAACGCCUGCACAGGUGGCAGCAGAUCGAAUUGCUUUGUGGAUUUGCCAUAAUAAACAAUGCUGGACUGCCCAGCCUUACAGCCACCUUGUACCCAGACCCCAACUGGAUGGUCCUGUCAAGAGCCUCCAUGAACUCCUACCAGGUGCCUGUUGACAUGGAGGAUUCCAUGCCAUCCAUGAUGCCACAAAAACUUCCAGUCACAGUUACUCCACUCAAGCUUUCUCCUCGAGCAUUGGUCCAUUCUCGUCGAACCAGUCACAUUGUCCAGCAACCUGUGAUUUUAUCACCUGACCCUGAUCUUCUAAUCCCGAUUCGGCCUCCACUCUCUCGAGAGUCUCCAGAAACAGUUUCUGAUCCUGAUUCCAUUGGACCCACAGUUGGAAUAAAGUUCUCCACCCCUGGAUUGGAUACUUCAUCUCGAAAAUUAUACCGUGACAACUUGGACCUUUUUUCAGAUAGUAUUACAAGUAAGAUUCCACUUGAUGGACAAGAGAGCAGGCCCUUGCGCAAGAUAUCGCGAGAGGAACUCGGGUAUCCUCCAAAGGGUGUUUCUAGAAGGGUUUCAUUUGAAGAAAAUCCAGUCGAAACUCCCACCAGAAAGAUAUCAAGAGAGGAACUUGUGUCUGCAGAAGCUUUGGUGAGUCCUGUUUAUACAAAGGAACCCGAAGUUAAUAUUGAUUUCAAGAAGAUUCCUAGGAGUUUACCAAUAGAUUCUAGUUAUUCUUCUGUUAGACUGGCCACCAGGGAGAAAUUGGAUUCCCCCAUAGAUCCUUGUCUUGGAAUAAGAUACAUGGAAGAUCCUGAGGUAAAUGUUGGCAGUUUGCGACGAAAGAUGUUUAAAGAAAAGAAGAAUCCAUCAGGAGAGAGCUUGUCAAAAAUGAUACCAGAAGAAGAAUGUGUGAGACAUAUCCGAAGUGAAGAUGCAGGUAAAGAUUUUGAUGUAGAUAUAGACACUGCUUCAAGAUUAUUACUUAGAGAAGACACUCUAAAGGGACAUAUCCUGCUAAAAGAUAAACACCUAGACUCUUUAUCCACAAGCCUUUUGAAAGAUGAACAUGAUGACUUAAGCUCAUUUGAUGCACAAAAUAUAAAGGUAAAAGAUAAUAAAGGAUUGCCCAAAGAACACUUUUACAGAAAUGUGCUCAGAGAUGAAGUAGGCAUGUCCAUGGACAAGGGAAAGCUUUUUAGAGGUGUUUCCAUAGAUAGCACUUUUAAGAAAAAGGCACGUGAUAAGUUGGGUGUUUCGGUGGAAAACCAGAGAACUAUGUCUUUAAGAGAGAGAAGGGACAAUGCUAUACCAAUGAAGCUGUCUAGAGGUGAGCGUGAUGUUGUCACAGAGAGACAAAGACUGUUCAGGCUGGACAGCAUAGAUAAUGUCCAGAAAGAUAUGUUAGACAUGCCUGUGGAGACUGACAGGACAAAGAUAUCCAGGGAUGAGUUUGUAGUUCCAGAUCCAGGCUGCUUUAGCCCACCUGACCUUACUGUGGACUCCCUAGUGGUUUGGACCCCACCCUCAGAUCCCCUUAGCCAUCUAGUGUAUGAUGGAAUUUUAGAGAAGUCUUAUAAGAACCCUCCAAAUGUAACCAAUCCUGGAGACCUCAGCAAUCCUGCUUCACUCUCCACCUCCUCCCAAAGUCUUGUGAGCAGUGAUGGUGCUGGCAGCAGUUCUGCAAAAUCUGAAAGUCUUUCACCAGCAGUAUCAAGUGGAGAAAAAAGCAAGAAAUCUUUAAAGCUCAAGAAUCUGUUCAAGAAAAAGAAAGAUAAGGAGAAGGAUAAAGACUCAAAACGAGAACAUCCACAAGGGGGUUUACAGAAGCUGUGAGUUUGAGUUGUUACGGCAAGAAUGUCUAGAAUUAGGACUUUAAAAUACUGUAUUUGCUUACAGUAGCUUAUAAAUAAUUUCAUUAGUAAUUGUUGUAAAGUCUAUUUUACAGAAGGCUAAUCUUUCUCUGUGACUUGAUUGCACUAUUUGAGUUCCACCAUUAAGGAUGUGAUAUUGCUAUGAGAGGAAGUGGUAUGUUAGUGUGAUGUUAUUUUCUUAAAUACAUGAGUAUGACUUAAGUAAAAUAAAGUCUUAAUCUUUUUAAAAGUAUAAAUACAUACCUAUAAUGGCCUGUGCUUUUAUGUGAACAGGAAUAAACUUUCAAAGGGUUUAUGGAACCCUACUGUAAAUGGUUCUUUGUGUGGUUCACUGGGAGAAAACCUUAAAGUUCUAUACAGAACCUUACUACAGAAAUGUUGACAGGUUCCAGGUAUGAAGAAGAAAAUCAUGAGCGGUAUAUACAAUUAAUUCAUGCACUAUUAAAAAAGUUCAGGGGGCCUAUCUAACCAAUACGUUCUAUCAUCACCAUAAGUUAUAAAUAAUAAUGGGUGAUCUGGUACUGCAUAACACUAAAAUCCCUGAAAGAGGAGAGACCAAUUCAAAACAGCAAUAGAAGCACUUUCAGCAAGAACACACAUCUGAUAUUGUUAUGUCUUUUUAAAUAACAUGCUGUCUUCUUAGUAAUUGUCUCUAAGUUGCUUUGACUCGCCUUUGAACCAUCUGUGUUGUGUUUCCAUCCUUCAUU